GCCUAGAUGUCGUCACCGUCAGCCCCUGGGGCUGGAGGACAGAGGAGUCUUUUCCGUUGCCAGUGCGGGCCUAGCGUCCUGAAAUUACCUCGCUCAAGCAGAGUUUAGAGAGAGGGAGAGACAGAAAGACAUCUUCCAUCUGCUGACUCCCUCUCCAAAUGGUAGCAGUGGCCUAAGCUGGGUCAGGCCAAAGCCAGGAGCCUGGAACUGCAUCUGGGUUUCCCAGCAGGGGCGAGAACGCGAGCAGCGCCAUGAGCAACACUACCGUCGUCCCCAGCACUGCGGGCCCAGGCCCCAGCGGCGGGCCCGGUGGCGGAGGUGGUGGUGGCGGCGGCGGAGGCGGCGGCACCGAGGUAAUCCAGGUGACUAAUGUCUCCCCGAGCGCUAGCUCUGAGCAGAUGCGGACUCUCUUCGGUUUCCUAGGCAAGAUCGACGAACUGCGCCUCUUCCCGCCGGAUGAUUCACCUCUGCCAGUCUCAUCUCGUGUGUGCUUUGUUAAAUUCCAUGAUCCGGACUCAGCAGUUGUGGCACAGCAUCUGACAAACACUGUAUUCGUUGACAGAGCUUUGAUAGUCGUACCAUAUGCAGAAGGAGUUAUUCCUGAUGAGACUAAGGCUUUGUCUCUGUUGGCACCAGCUAAUGCAGUGGCAGGUCUUCUGCCUGGUGGUGGACUCCUGCCUACCCCUAACCCUCUUACCCAGAUUGGCGCUGUUCCUUUGGCUGCUUUGGGAGCUCCUACUCUUGAUCCUGCCCUUGCUGCACUAGGGCUUCCUGGAGCAAACUUGAACUCUCAGUCUCUUGCCGCAGAUCAGUUGCUGAAGCUCAUGAGUACUGUUGAUCCCAAGUUGAAUCAUGUAGCUGCUGGUCUUGUUUCACCAAGUCUGAAAUCUGAUACCUCUAGUAAAGAAAUAGAGGAGGCUAUGAAAAGAGUACGAGAAGCACAGUCCCUGAUUUCUGCUGCUAUAGAACCAGAUAAGAAAGAAGAAAAAAGAAGGCAUUCGAGAUCAAGAUCACGUUCCAGGAGGAGGAGGACUCCUUCAUCUUCUAGGCACAGGCGAUCAAGAAGCAGAUCAAGGAGGCGAUCACAUUCUAAGUCAAGAAGUAGGCGACGAUCCAAAAGUCCAAGACGGAGAAGAUCUCAUUCUAGAGAGAGAGGUAGAAGGUCAAGGAGCACAUCAAAAACCAGAGACAAAAAGAAAGAAGACAAAGAAAAAAAACGUUCCAAAACACCACCAAAAAGUUAUAGUACAGCCAGACGUUCUAGAAGUGCAAGCAGAGAUAGACGACGAAGAAGAAGCAGGAGUGGAACAAGAUCUCCUAAAAAACCCAGGUCUCCUAAACGAAAAUUGUCUCGCUCACCAUCCCCUAGGAGACAUAAAAAGGAGAAGAAGAAAGAUAAAGACAAAGAAAGAAGCAGAGACGAAAGGGAACGAUCAACAAGCAAGAAGAAGAAAAGUAAAGAUAAGGAAAAGGAACGGGAAAGAAAAUCAGAGAGUGAUAAAGAUGUAAAACAGGUUACACGGGAUUAUGAUGAAGAGGAACAGGGAUAUGACAGCGAGAAAGAGAAAAAAGAGGAGAAGAAACCAGCUGAACCUGGUUCACCUAAAACUAAGGAAUGUUCUGUGGAAAAGGGAACUGGUGAUUCGCUAAGAGAAUCCAAAGUGAAUGGGGAUGACCAUCAUGAAGAAGACAUGGAUAUGAGUGACUGAACGUUGCCUCUUUGGGACUCCAACUGUGUACAUGCAUCAGUGUCAUUCCUCUGUGUGAUUUCUUAAUGCUGUAUUUGUUCAUCUCAAACCUAGAUGUAUACAGCUGAGUUAUAAAUGGUUAUAAAGCUUCUGACAUUGAUAUUAGUUACUUACAUCAAAAAGCUUUUAGAAAAUGGUACAUGGGUAAACAAUUCUUGUCAUGGUGAAAUCUGAGUAAGCAGUUUUACUAUUCUGGUGCUGCUUCUUAAUAAAAAUGAAAAGCUGCAUGCAUCUACAGCAGGCAUGGAUUGUUUAUGUUGUAUGAUCUCCUUUCUUAAGUAAGUUCACUUAGAGUAUUUCUAGAAUUUGAUUCAUUGCCAUAAUAGAGCCAUGUAGGGAAUGCACUGAUUGCAUGUUACUGUGGCAAGAAUAUCCUAAAUGUCAUUAAAAUCCUCCAACAUGAUGGAUCUACUUAUGGUCUUGUUUGUUGACAUGACAAAUUAACAUUGUUAGAUUACAUCUGGAAAUGAGCAUUUGAGAUAGAUAAUCCUUUGAGCCUUAUGGCUGAACUUUUGUGGCUUUCGUUUAACUUUGAAAGGUUGUCUGUAUAUGCACUAACCUUUUUUGAUGGCUAAUUAGGCUUUAAUUACAGAAAUAAGAUUUCAAAUAAAACUGUCUUUGGCAGUGAGUAAAUAGCUUAUUUUGAAGUAGAGUUGUAUACUUUUUCAUAAGGUGUUUGGGGAUUUUUUUUUUUCCUGAAAUAAUUUAUUCCACAUCUGCAUCAGUGAAAGCUCUCCACCUAUUCGGAGUUCAUCUGUAAAAUAAAGUUCUCUCUUGUUCUGAUUUUCAAAGUUUUAAACUCACUGAUGAAAAAGAGGGUAGUGCAUUUUAAACUGACCUUCAUAUGCUUUUAAACUAAGACAAAUCUACUUGAUAAUGUACUUUUUAUUUGAUCUCAAGAUGUAUAAAACCAAUAAAUUUGUGUUAACUAUUACUGCAGUAGUAAUCAUAUGCACACAGUGAUUCCAUGUUAUAUGCAAAGUAGUUAGGCAACUGUUCCUAGUUACAGGAGUUUCAAGCUUCACUUUUGUGCAGCAAAUACAAAAGUAGGCUACAGUCUGUGCCAUGUUGAUGUACAGUUUCUGAAAUUGUUUUACAAGACUUUGAUAAUAAAACCCUUAAACUUA